CUCGGCAUGGUCGAGCGAGUAAAUGGGAUAGACAAUCGAAAAAUUUGGCAUGAUGAGAGAUGCGAUAAAAUCAUGGGUAGCGAUGGCAGCAUGUUUCCACCGCACAUAAUAGAGAACACGAGCGAAAUCCUUUACGUGUAUUCUCAGGAAUUGUGCAGGGGUCUACCCUUUCAUUAUACCGAACAAGUGACCACCUUUGGCAUACCUUCUCUAAGGUAUAAAUUCACACCGGACGCGUUCAACUAUUCGGACACGCAAAACAAAUGCUUUUGCCCGAAAGUGAACGGCUUAAGAGUCUGCCCACCCACGGGACUCUUCAAUCUUUCCGCAUGCAAUUAUGGUGUACCCUUGCUCUCGUCGUUUCCACAUUUUUAUGGCGGUGACAAAUCUUUACUGGAGCAGAUAGACGGCUUGAAUCCUCGACAGGAAGAUCACGAGAGCUACGUAGAUUUACAUCCGGUAUGUCUGGACGCUCUAUCCCUUAAGUAUUAUUAUGUAAAUAGCUAUUUGAUUGUCGUUGAUAUUUAAAAAUAUCAAAAGUAUU